CGCGUCUAUAUAACGGGGUGUCCGGCCAGGGGCUGUGGACAGUUUGUCACCAGCCCAGCGGAAACAGGGCGAGCCGGCCAUGAGACUGUGGACGCCGCUGCUGCUGGCGGCGCUGGUGCCGCUGUGCUCCGGGUGGCUGAUUCCUGGGAUCGCGUCGCUGCUGCAUGCGAAGGCCUACCUGCUGAGGCAGUUCACCGGCAAGAUCUUCCAGAAGCCUGCAGUCCACAUCGCCAAGAUACACGUCUACCCCGCCUACCCCGCCAGGACGAUAUACUACCCUCCGAGGCCGGUCUACCGACCGCCGCCCCCGGUCUACGCCCCGCCCCGUGCUUACGGCCCACCCCCGGUCUACGGGCCGCCUCCGCCGUACGGGCCGCCCCCAACGACCACGACGACGACGACUUCGCCGCCAGAGACAUUACCUCCGGAGACUGAAGCUCCGCCGCCCCCAGAGGCGCCUUAUGCACCGCCACCGCCACCGGAGUCGUCGUACGGGCCUCCACCGCACGAAGAAGUGUUCACGGAACCUCCUCCACCUCCACCGUCGUAUGGCCCGCCCCCGUCAUCCUACGGCCCACCACCAGUGACGCACGCGCCACCUCCAUCGUCUUACGGACCGCCCCACUCGUCUUACGGGCCGCCUCCGACAACGUAUGCUCCACCGCCGUCGUCCUACGGGCCGCCUCCCUCGUCCUACGGCCAACCCCCAGCAUACGGAGUUCCCAGGUGAGAGCAAGGUAAGUCCAGGCGGCAUCCGCCUG